AUGAAAAUUCUCAUUCUUGGUGGUUAUGGGACAUUUGGUAGUCGAUUGGUACGGUUGCUUGCCAAUGAAUCACAACUAACAUUACUUAUUGCAGGUAGAUCGAUUAAGCAUGCAGAAGACUUGUGCAACAAACUACAUGGCUAUGCAGCCACUACAUGUGCACUCCAUUUUGAUCGUGAUAAUUCAGAUAUUGAAAAACAAUUACGGUUCAUUCAACCUGAUUUAUUAGUCGAUGCGAGUGGUCCAUUUCAAUCCUAUAUCAAAGAUCCUUAUCGAGUGAUAAAAGCAUGUUUGACAACGUCAAUUAAUUAUCUCGACUUCGCUGAUGGAUCAACUUUCGUUCAAGGUGUCACUCAGUUCGAUGCGCAAGCCAAGGAGAACAAUAUAUACGUACUUUCCGGUGCCAGCACGUGUCCUCUAUUGACUGCUACUGUAGUUCGGCAUUUAGCAAAAGGACUGACAAGAAUACAUUCGAUCAAAAGUGGUAUUGCACCAUCGCCGUAUGCUGGCGUUGGUGUGAAUGUUAUUCGUGCAAUUGCAAGUUACUCAGGUCAACGCGUGGCUUUGAUUCGAAGGAGUCAGCAAACAUUUAGCUAUGCAUUGACAGAGACGAUGCGUUACACAAUAUGUCCACCUGGCCAUCUUCCCUUGUUCAAUCGUCGGUUUUCAUUAGUGGAUGUACCUGAUCUUAAGAUCUUACCUGAUUUGUGGCCAAAUAUCGAUUCAAUUUGGAUCGGUGCGGGAACAGUACCAGAAACUUUGCAUCGUGCUCUCAAUGGUCUUGCAUGGUUGGUUCGAUGGCGGCUAAUUCCUAGUUUGACACCGUUUGCACCAUUGUUUCAUUGGGUAACGAAUGUAGUACGUUGGGGCGAGCACCGUGGCGGAAUGUUUGUUGCAAUUGAAGGAAACGAUAGAGACGGUCAAAAACAAGAGCGAUCAUGGCAUCUAUUAGCUGAAGGUGAUGCAGGUCCGUUUAUUCCUUCGAUGGGUAUUGAAGCGAUUGUUCGCCGUGUAUUAGAUGGUAAAAAGCCGGCAAGUGGUGCUCGAGCUGCAACUAUGGAUCUUGAACUUGACGACUACGAAAAAAUAUUUCAGAAUCAUGCUAUUUAUACAGGCCAGUGUGAAUCGAGGAAAACAAACGAUUUCUCCGAGUCACAACCUCUAUAUCAACAAUUGCUCGGUCAAGCGUGGAAUCACCUACCACCGUCUUUGCAAACGUUGCACAGUAAGAACAUUGUCAAGGUAGUAGGUGUUGCUCAAAUUGAACGAGGCACCAGUAUCAUAUCUCGAUGUAUUACGAUGUUAGUUGGCUUUCCGAAAUCAGGAAAAAAUGUACCAGUUCAAGUUGUGUUUCAGCGCGAGACAAACGGUGAAUUGUGGACUCGAACUUUCGCGGACAAAUCGUUUUCUAGUUGGCAUACAAAAGGUUCUGGCCAUUCAGAUAGGUUGUUGAUGGAACGAUUCGGACCAUUUACUUUUGGUCUGGCGUUAGUGGUUACUGCUGGGAAGCUGCAUUUUAUUGUGCGUAGCUGGACUUUAUUUGGCAUUCGACUACCAGUAUUUUUAGCACCACAUGGAGACUUCUAUGAAUUUGAUCAUGAUGGUCGUCCUUGUUUUCAUGUUGAAAUCAAACAUAUACUCAUAGGAUUAAUUGUACGAUAUCAUGGAUGGCUAGUACCAACCGUUUAG